AUGUUUUGGGACAAGAACCGCGCCUCAAGCACAGCCUCGCUGCUGAAACGGCUCAAGGAGACCGCUUACGAAGUAGACUCAAUAACAGGGCUUUGCGCGCUGAUAGUGGGCAUGCCCAAUGUGGGUAAGAGUACGUUGCUGAACGCCCUUAGAAGCACUGGGACAACCGGGAGGACGACCAAAGUAGCCAAGACAGGUGACCAGGCAGGCGUAACCCGUAAAAUCGGAACAAGUGUUCGCGUUAUUGAACCGGAGGAGAGAGGGGGGGUCGGCGCUGGUGUAUAUGUGCUCGAUUCACCAGGAGUCUUUGUCCCGUAUGUCGAAGAUGGAGAGACAAUGAUCAAAAUCUCGCUCGUACAGGGUAUCAAGAAAGGUCUCAUAGCGGAUGAGAUAUUGGCAGACUACCUGCUCUACAAGAUGAAUCUCUGGGAUCCCCACCUCUACCAUCGAUACUGCAGUCCAACAAACGAUAUUCACGAGUUCUUGCUCGCCGUGGCGAAGCGGGAUGGCAAGCUGAAGGCUGGUGGCGUCCCGGAUAUGGGAGAGUCCGCUGCCAGGGUGCUGUCCGAGUGGCGGAAGGGUAAACUAGGCAGAUACGUGUUGGAUGAUCUCUCUGAUGAAGCCCUUCAACGUCAUGAGUUGAUGGCAUCCAGUCCCCCGGUAAGCCUGAACCAAGGGAAAAAAGCAUGGAAAGAACAGAGGAAAGAAACCAACGCAUAG